GGAGCGGCCGCUCACUGCAGCCAUGGGGCCGUGCACUGCUGCCGGGUCUGUCCUCGUCCUGCUGCUGCUGCUGGGGGCCGUGGUGGAUGCACAGCCCCGGGGGCGGAUCCUGGGGGGCUCGGAGGCGCAGCCCCACCGACGGCCCUACAUGGCCUCCCUGCAGCUGGAUGGGCAGCACAUCUGUGGGGGAUUCCUCAUCGCCCCACAGUGGGUGCUGAGCGCCGCGCACUGCACCGAGCAGAUGGGAGAUAAACGCUUCCAGGUGCUGCUGGGCGCCCAUUCACUGACGGAACCGGAGCCCCACAAACGGCUCUACAACGUGCGGGCACAAAUCGCCCACCCCGGCAGCAACAUCCACAACAACCGGGACGACCUCCUGCUGCUCCAGCUGGAGGAGAAAGCGGAGCUGAACGAACACGUGCAGCCGCUGCCGUUCCAACGCGAGGACCGGGAGGUGGCGGCCGACACGCUUUGCAGCGCCGCGGGAUGGGGGACGGUGACGCACAGCGGGAAGCGGCCGGAUCGGCUGCAGGAGGUGCAACGCCCGGUGAUCAGCAGAGAGCUCUGCAACCACCGCACCCGCCACGACCGCACCAUCACCGAGAAGAUGAUGUGCACCGACUCCCGCAAGAAGGACACGUGCAAGGGUGACUCCGGGGGUCCUUUGGUCUGCAACGGUGUGGCUGAAGGGGUGGUGACGGCCGGCUCUCGUGUCUGCGGCAACUACAAGAAGCCGGCCAUCUACACCCGCAUCGCACCCUAUGCUGAGUGGAUUGAUGGUGUGAUGGCCUCCAGGGAUGGGGAUGUGGGCACCCGUUGAGCCCACACCGCCGGGCACAGAGGGGAUGGGGACCCUGAGCUCAUGGAGUGGGGGUUUGGGGGGGCUGAGCGAUGCCCAGGGAGGGGGAGGCACUGCUGCAGGCUUUGCUGGACACAUCUGUAUUGCAACCACCACAAUAAAGCAACAGCAAUUGCUGCAGGCA